GGGUAGGGCAAAAUUAACACUAUAUUGUAAAAAGCAAGUCUCACCUUGUAUUAAUACACUACAUGCUUUUCCCAUCUUGUAAAUUCAUUUUUUCUAUAUAUUUAUUAAAAUACAUUUAUAUUUCUUGUUUUUUUUUGAACAAAAAGCACAACUUUAUUACCACCUCAAAGAGGCGAAGAGGGAAGAAGCUUGUCUAUCUAUUAAAAAAAAUUGUAUUAUCUGUAAUAUAUCCUUUUUAUUCACGUCGGCGGCGAUGGUGACAGGUGGUGGGUCUCCGUCAGCCGUCGCUAAUUUUGUCUUGACGCCGGAGGAGAAGGAGGUGGCUCCUCCUGCCACUCCUGCUUACAUGUCGAUGGUCGAUCCAUUCCUCGUGGAGGCUCUUCAAAACCCUCGUCAUCGCCUCACCAUUCUUCGCAUGGAGCUCGAUGUUCAGAAGUUUCUGCAAAAUCCAAAUUUGGAGCAGUUUGAGUUUCCACACCUCCCUACUUCAUACCUCCGUCUUGCAGCACACCGAGUUGCUCAGCAUUAUGGACUGCUGACUAUGGUGGACAAUGUUGUUGAUGGCCAGGGAACUCGUAUUAUGGUUAAGAAAAAGGUUGACACUAAAUACCCAAUACUAUGUUUGUCAGAUGUCCCACCUAAACAAUCAGACCUUGACAAAGCGGACCAAAUUAAAAUUGUAUUACGACAAAGGCCUAGCAGUGGUUCAAAAGGACACAGUGGUGAUUCGGGAACCAAAAACAGUGUUGCUAGAACUGUGGAAGAAAGGAAGGAGGAAUAUGACAAGGCAAGGGCACGCAUCUUUAACAGUCCAAACAGUGCUGAAACAGAAGAUUCAUUAGUUCACGGUGGUUCUGAUGAGAAGGACAACAUAGAUGAAAGUGAAUAUAUAAGGAGUUCCGUUCUGGAUUGUGAGAAAAAUCUACACACCAGGGAAAAUAGAUCUUCUUCCAGGGUGGCCAUUUUUAGGGACAGGGAGAAGGAUCUUACUGAUCCCGAUUAUGACCGAAGUUACGAUAGAUAUGUUAGGAGUAUUCCAGCCAAUCCUAGCUUUAAUAUGACACCUCUCGGUGUCCACAAGUUCCAGCUUCCAUAUGUGCAAUAUGAAUCUGCCUUUCAUCUGCCCGGUCAGAUUCCUACGGCUCAUGCUUCAUUAAACUAUAGGAACCCUACACUGAACCCUUACUUUGCGGUGGGAUUAAAUGAAAUGACCAAUGAUGCUGCCAACCUGCAAUGGCAUACUCAGUCAAUGAUGUAUGCACAUUCAUAUGAGCAACUUAGACACACUGGUUUUCAGGUCCCCUUCUGCCAGCAACCUCUAAGUUUUGAUUACUUUCAACACCAUUGUUGACUACCAAGUACUUGGUUCUAUUUCCCAUUAUAUGAGAUUGUCUGUAUCACUAAUUCUGAAUGUGUACUGUUUUGUCAAUCAUUAGUGUUAUGUUAUUUUAGGACACCAUUGUAAAAGACAGAUAAGCUGGUACUGAUCUAUUCUCUUUUGCACUUGUUUUUGGGGUUCUCUGAAAGAAUGUAGUUGAUACUUUUUAUGGUUGAUUAUAUAUGGCACCAGUAUCUCUCUCAUGAAUCAUUUUUUUGCACCUACUAUGUUUCCUAGAGUAUCACUUUUUUUACAUGAGAUACUCAAUAAAUAUUGCGGAGUACAUCCAUCCCAAGAUAAACUUUAAUUUUUUUUAGACUUGCCUUAAAAUAGUCUUUAGACUGCUCCAAUUUUCUAUAAAAAAAUGUUAACCACACACCAUUUACGUACUUUUUAACACUUUUUUAAAAUUAAACUUGGUAAAAAUAAAGUAUCAAGCACCUUCAAGUCUUUGGGACGGGAUUGGAGCGCGCUAUCUACUCAGUCAAGAAGCAGAUUCUCAAAUGACAAAAAUGGUUGCACUACUUGCAUUCUCUUGGUUGAAGAGUGAGGAUUGCAUGGAUGUCCUUAUCGAGAACUGUUUAGCAAAAGCUUAACAAACUUUUGAUAUGACUACCGAAGACUCUGGUUCGUUAUACUUUCUUUUUGGUCGGUUUGUAUUUCUCAUGUUCAACGUGAGUUGAAUGGUGAUGCCUAUGUCUUAACUAAAUGGGCAAAUUCUGAUGUUUGGGGUUAUUAUACCACCCUAAACUUUGCAAGUAAAACUUCUUUUACGGG